GCAUAUUUACUAAAGUUCUUAGACGUAGACGUAAACGUAGAAGUUACGACUGACGUAAGAUUGAAGAUACGAAUUCGUAUUUUGGUAUUUACAAAGCCACUCGUAGACGUUGACGUAAGUUAACGAAUUCUUAAAUGUACGACUGUACGUACGCAUGCGCUUUCGGUAGUUUCACUUUACAGUGCGCCAAAAUUUUAUUUCGGUCGUCUGCGAAAAGAGAAGAAUGGAUGAGGGAAAGAAGCCUAGGAAAGCAAAUUUUACGGAUUUGGAGGUGGAGGUGUUGGUGGACGCUGUGUCCACCAACUACAAAGUGUUGUACGGGAAGUUUUCCCCUUCUCUGACCAACAAUAUGAAGACGGCGGCGUGGGAAACCGUCACAGAGAAAGUGAAUGCAGUAAGUCUACAGUGCAGAAGGGAGGUUGGGGAUGUCAGAAAAAAGUGGCAAGACCUACAAUCAGCCGUGAAAAAAAAGGAAUCACAGAGGAGGAAGAGCAUGAGACAGACAGGAGGAGGGCCCAUGGAGCUUGGGGCGUUCAAGCCAUGGGAGGAGAAA